GUAUGAUUGGAAGGGGGCAGAUUGGGGAAGGGUAUGACGCUAGGAGUGAUUAGUAUGCUGUUUAAAAAGGGGGAUAAGACGGAGGUCAGAAACUGGAGGCCGAUAUCACUCCUCAACGUGUCCUAUAAAAUUCUGGCUAAAACGCUGGCGCGUAGACUAGGGUCUCACCUUCCUGGUCUGGUGGAGGGGGAUCAAGGGGCUUUCGUACAAGGGCGGUCUAUCUUCAAUAACAUAGUGACAACACUGGAGGUGUUGGAGUGGGUUCAGUCGGAAGACAUGAAUACGGCUGUGCUUCUCUUAGAUCUGGAGAAAGCCUACGAUAAAGUAGGCUGGCCUUUCGUGUUUACGACUCUAAGUAGAAUGGGUUUUGGAGCGCCGUUCUGCAAAUGGUUGGUGGCAAUGUACACUGUGUCUGCAUCGGUCGUCAUGAUAAAUGGGCACUUGUCCGCUCCGUUUGAGCUCUCUCGGUCCCUGAGACAGGGCUGCCCGUUGGCCCUGCUGCUAUUUGUGCUGCAAAUGGAGGUGUUGCUGAACAAGAUUCGCAGAAAUAGGCUUAUUAAAGGCUUGACGCUGCACAGCGGUACACAGUGCAAGGUCAAGGCACUGGCGGAUGACCUGUUCGUCAUAAGUGAAAACACGAACGAAUCUCUCAGCGCGCUGAAGGACACGCUUAGUCAGUAUUCGGUGCUGUCGGAGGCUUCCGUGAACUGGGACAAGUCAGUCUUCCUUCUCCCGUCGCAGUAUGCUCUAGAAGUGCAGUGGGGAAUGAAGAGGAUCAGGGAAGGGGAGGAAGAGAGGUUCUUGGGAGUGCUGGUGAGUAUCCAAACAGGCGCGUCGUCCCAAGGCCUCCUGCUGAAGCAAAGAGUGUCAACAAGACUGCGCCUGUGGGGUUCAAUCUGGCACCUAUCCGUCAUUGGGAGGGCUCUGGUAGCCAACGUGGCGUUGUUCUCCAUCAUGUGGUUCGUCAGCACAGUGAGGGAAAUCUCGGACACUGUGUGGAGGGUGAUCAAGCGCGAAGGUGGACUCAAUCUAGUGGACCCUACGAAGAAAAACCAGGCACAAUUGAGGAUGUGGCUAAUCAGGGUGGCCAAUGCUCCGGUGAAGGAGCACUGGAUCGAACUUGCGGAACAGCUGCUGAUGAAGGAGUGGGACCUGCUCCGCCCACGAGAUGUCUGGCGCUGCCUGUUCAUCCCGCCGUUCCGGAAGAAGAGAAUCAGGUCACGGUUCUGGAAAGAAGUCCUGAACGCCUGGUGUAGCCUGCCGCCGGAUUCGGUCUCUCAACCUCGCACCAAGGAAGAAGUGCAGGGCAAACUGCUGUUUGAGAAUCCCAAGAUUGUGGAUGAGAACGGUAAUCAGUUCAUGGCAAACGGCUCGGUGGGUUCUUUUGGACUGGCUUGGAUCAGAAACGGCAUAGCGACGAUCAGUGACCUCUGGGACCCGUUGUUGGGUUCGUGGAAACCUCUGGCAGAACUGCAAGCGGUGCUCAAACCUCUAAGAAACAUCGAAGCUCACCUGGAGCAACUCGUUUCUGCCAUCCCUGAGGACUGGUGCACGCUGUUGGGACCAGAAGGAAUCGACCCGGUUGGCACCUGGUACUGUGCUGAGGAGGAGGAAGCAGGAGUAGUGUGGAAACUACUGGAAAUCAUGCCUAGUGGAUUCAGGAAGGUGCAGAGGUGGAAGUGUCUGGAUUACUCAAACGUGUUGUCGCCUGCCAAUGAGCUGCAGAUUAGCACCUGGAAACCCCCCCCACAGGCGAGGUUAAUCGGUCAAGGAGGUACGCCCGAUGCAAGGAAGAGUUGGGUGUGGAUUGGGCGCACCCCUUUAAAGCGUCUGUGCAUAGAUCCGGGUGCCUGGAGCUGGUCAACCAAUGACGGGCGUCAUCCCCAACUGCCUUUAGCCGAAUAUUCGGUGUCUAAAGGUUACAGCUUGAGGCUGUCUGCAAGAAGAACAAGAUCCCCAGCUCAGGUGGCGGUCAGCAGAUGGCAGGCAGUGAUCUCGGUAGACUUGUCUGGAGCUGGGCCCCGGUUUCUGGCCCUGUGGGAUUCCUUAAUUCCCCUCCCGAAUGGGAAGCAAGCCUCUAUCUUGUGGCAACUGUCACUGUUGGUGACUCCCUCGGCAGUCUGGCUGAUAGGCAGAGGAAUGCAGGUGGAUCUCAAGUGCCCUCGCUGCAGCUGGCCCUUUGAAUCGACGCGCCACCUCUGGUGGGAAUGCCCGGCUUCGCAGAGAAUAUGGAAGUGGUGGAAACACCAUUGGGAACACUUUGGUGAGCCUGUGGCCGAGUGGAACGAGGAAUGGGUCCUACUUGGCUUCACUCCGGAGGGGGUGCUCAGGAGCAGAGUUACAUUGCGCAAGUGGUUAGGGGAUUGCUCUGCGAAAUCAUUUGGAGGGACAGGAACAGAGCAAGAUUUGAGAGAAGACCCUUCUCCGAUCUGGAAAUCAAUAAGACAGGGGUUAAGAGAGGCAAUAAAAGUGGAUUGGAGGAAGAAGGCGAAGGGAGGUAAAGGUGGCAGAAGACAACUGAGAUGGUUCCUGGACACAUGGGCGCACAAACAUAAGCUUGCUGGUGUCCACAGGGUGAAAGGCCUGGUACUUUCCCCUUGGGUUAGGGAGUAAACAUAAGAGCUGAGGGUCAGUUAGAGAGGUGGACAAUUGCGGUCCAGGUUUGUAGGGAGGGCGUGGCGUGAGGGUGCGCACCUCAUGGGACCAGGACACUCGGUCCCUAUUAGGGCCGCUGUGGGCCACCAGGAGAGUGUCAGUAGGACCGGGACUCCAGUCCUCUGGGACGUGCUAGUCCCAGAUUAGCUUAACAUAG